UCUAUAUAUAGCGAGAGCUGGGAUUCACAGAUCACCAAAGCAUAACAUAGCAUAGUGAUAGAUCAAACCAGAUUAAUAAAUGGAGAUUCAAGUGAUGGAGUCGACAAUUGUACGUCCUGCGCAAGAUACACCAAAAACGACCCUGUGGUGUUCGAACCUGGACGCUGUGGCUCCAAGGUCGCAUGUCUCCACCGUCUACUUUUACAGGCCCAAUACGAAUGGUUGUUCGAAUUUCUUCGACACUGGUGUGCUUAAGGAGUCUCUGAGUAAGGUCCUGGUGCCUUUCCAUCCGAUAGCAGGGAGAUUUGGAUUUGACCAAAAUGGGAGGAUUCAAGUGGAAUGCAAUGGUGAGGGAGUUUUGUUCAUUGAAGCCCAAGCAAGUUGUGAUAUGGAUGAUGUUCUCGACUUCAUUAAUACUCCUACUUCACAAGUUAAGCUGCUUGUUCCUUCUGUUGACUAUUCAAAGGAGGACAUCUCUUCAUAUCCUCUUCUUCUCUUACAGGUGACGUCUUUCAAAUGUGGAGGGGUGUGUCUUGGAGUUGCGUUACACCAUAUUUUAGUUGAUGGCUCUUCAGCUCUCCAUUUCAUCAGCACAUGGUCUCACAUGACACGUGGCCUACCCCUCACCCUUGAACCUAUAUUUGACCACGAGCCGCUCCGUGCUCGGGUUCCACCCACUCCUUCAUUUGACCAUCUUGAAUAUGAAUAUUCUCCUUCCUUGUCUACCCCCCAACAAAACAAAGAAUUACAAUCAAGUCCCCUAGACAUUUCCAUAGCUAACCUGCAAAUCACACCUCAACAACUCAACGCCCUGAAAGCCAAUGUGGAAGGAAAUUUCAGUACCUACGAAGUCCUGGCGGCCCAUAUUUGGCGCUGCAUGUGCAAAGCGCGUGACCUUCCUGAUAAUGAGGUGACAAACCUAUAUAUUCCUACAGAUGGACGGUCCAGAUUAAAUCCACCGCUGCCACGUGGUUACUUCGGAAAUGCAAUCUUUAAAGCCAGAUUGCCAGUCUGUGCUGGGCAGAUCCAAUCGGAACCGUUGAUUCAAACAGUGGAGAGGGUCCACAAAGCAAUAAAACGAAUGGACGAUGAUUACUUGAGAUCAGUGCUUGACUACCUGGAACUCCAACCGGACAUAAACCUUAUGCGUCCGAAGCAGGUUUUUAUGUACCCAAAUCUUCACGUCACAAGUUGGGCCAAGCUGCCAAUAUAUGAUGCUGAUUUUGGGUGGGGCCGGCCCAUUUUCAUGGGGCGAGCAAGCAUUUUCAUUCAAGGCAUUGCUUAUAUUCUGCCUAGCCGAGUCAAUGAUGGGAGCUUGGCGUUAAUAAUUGGGUUGGAGAGCGAUCGCAUUCAACUCUUCAAGAAGUAUUUUUAUGAACCACAAACCGUUUAGGUUUGUGAAAAUUUUAAAUUUAAUAUUCAAUGAAUAAUGACUUCCGUUGUUAUCUAAUAAUUAUAUUUGUAAUGGAGCUAUCCUUUUAAAUUUUGCAUCUGAUUAUAAUAAGGCCGGAUUGGUUUA